UAGCUACAACAUUGCACUAUUUCUUUCUUUUCUGUACAUUGCGAAAUACAUGUGGCCCUUGGUGAAAUUCGCUUAGAAUAUGUUGUGCUUCACAGAAACAUCAAGGAACAAUCGCACUUUCCUAAUAUCUCUGCUCUGCAAAAAAAAAAAAUGUAGAAUUUAAAAUACUUUCGGCUUUUUAUCUUGGAUCACUUUGCACACGAUCGUGCAUUCUUACUGGACCAUGCACUGAUAUUAGAAAAGCCUCAGAAUUAAAACGCGAAUAAACUCCGGUUUGCUGUUUUACUAAGCACAACAGAUGUGUUUCUUAACUUUUAAUACAUUUCUAACAAAAGCUAAAAAUAUGCAGGCAUAACACUGUACCAAAUGAAACUGUCGUCGCAGUUGUCGGCUAAUUACGGUAGUCACCGCCCAAUUUCUCCCUCCUUUCGCAUGAAUACGGUAAGAGUGUAUUACGUACAACUGGCGCUAGAUAGCCGCGCAGCUGCCAGUGGGAGAGACGCACAGAGAGGGACGAGCGUUGUUUGGCGCAGUAGAAAUUCUAGGCGGCUUUGCUUUCUCUGUAUCACUUUGUCUACAGGGCUUUCUUUUAAAAAAAAAUAUUUGUAUAUCCCCGAGCUUCGAGCGGAAAUCCAACGGGAAAAAUGAGUGCAAUCAACGUAAAGAAGCUAAAGGUAAACGAAUUGAAGGACGAGCUGAAAAAGCGCCGGCUCUCUGACAAGGGGCUGAAGGCCGAGCUGAUGGACCGGCUGCAGGCCGCACUCGACGAGGAGGCCAAAGCCGGUGGCGCUUUCACCGGGCCCGGAGGCGAGGAGAACGGGGCCGAGGGGGGAUCGGAUGGGGCGGGCGGCUUCGAUGAGAUGGGCGACGAGCUGGAGGACGAUCUGGCCGGCGAGAGCAUGGAGGCCGAGGAGGAGGAAGACGGGGGCGAAGCGGACGCAGCAGAAGUCGAAGCUGAAGCCGAAGCCGAAGCCGAAGCCGAAACCACUGCCGCCGCCGCCGCCGCCACAGCUGCUGCUGCUCCUGCUGCUCCGGGCGGUGGCGCAGAUGUCGGCGGGCAGGAUGAUGAGAUGGGGGAGGAAGAGGAGGAAGACGCGGGAGUCGAAAUGGAUAAAUCCGAGGAUGAUGAAGAUGCCGGGAUAGAAAUGGACAAAUUCGAAGAGGAAGAUGGGGCACCAGGAUCGCAGCCCGCUGAAGGAGACGCUGAUAAAGACAAGAAAGGUGAACAGAAGAAUAAGAAGGGUGUAAAGAGACGCCGUGAAGAACAUGGAAGGGGCUACUUUGAAUUUAUCGAAGAAAGCAAAUACAGCCGGGCUAAGUCACCCCAGCCACCUCUUGAGGAGGAAGAUGAAGAAUUUGAUGACACCACUGUUUGUCUUGAUACUUACAACAGUGAUCUUCACUUCAAAAUCUCCAGGGAUCGUUACAGUGCUUCCUCUUUGACUAUGGAAAGUUUUGCCUAUCUCUGGGCUGGUGGAAGAGCUUCUUAUGGAGUUGCAAAAGGAAAGGCCUGCUUUGAAAUGAAGAUUAUUGAGAAGAUCCCAGUGAAGCAUGUUUCGAGCAAAGGCAUUGAGAUCCAUGAAGUGCAGGUUGGCUGGUCUUUGGCAAAUGGGAAUCUGCUUCUUGGGGAAGAGGAGCUGUCCUUUGCCUAUUCAGUCAAAGGGAAGAAAACCACUAACUGUGUGACGGGAGACUAUGGAGAGGCCUAUGAUGAGAAUGAUGUAAUUGGAUGCUUCAUAAAUUUUGAAGGUGAGGAGGUGGAGCUGUCCUAUUCUAAAAAUGGCCAAGACCUUGGAGUUGCUUUUAAAGUCGGCAAAGAAGCUCUGGCUGACAUAGCCCUGUUCCCCCACGUGCUCUGUCAUAACUGUGCUGUGGAGUUCAACUUUGGCCAGAGGGAUACACCCUAUUUCCCUGUUCCGGAGGGGUACACCUUCCUCCAGCAGAUACCCGUUGAAGACCGGGUCCGAGGGCCGAAAGGGCCUGAGACGAAAAAGGAUUGCGAGGUCAUCGUGAUGGUUGGCCUUCCAGGAGCAGGAAAGACCACUUGGGUUAUGAAACAUAUAGAAGAGAAUCCUGGGAAAUACAACAUCCUGGGGACCAAUACAAUUCUGGAGAAAAUGAUGAUUGCAAGCCUUAAGCGACAGAUGAAGGACACUGGGAAACUGACUGCCAUUUCUCAACGCGCCCCCUUGUUUCUGGGCAAAUUCAUUGAGAUUGCUGCCCGUAAGAAGCGUAACUACAUUCUGGAUCAGACUAAUGUGUCUGCUCCAGCUCAGAGGAGGAAAAUGUGCCUGUUUGCUGGUUUCCAGCGCAAGGCAGUAGUGGUCUGCCCAUCAGAUGAGGAUUACAAGCAGAGGACGCAGAAGAAGGCAGAAACAGAUGGCAAAGACUUACCUGAGCACGCAAUCCUGAAAAUGAAAGGAAUCUUCGCAUUGCCUGAGGAGGGCGAGUGCUUUGACGAGGUGACAUACGUUGAACUUCAGAAGGAGGAAGCUGCAAAGCUCCUGGAGCAGUACAAGGAAGAGAGCAAGACUGUGCUUCCACCCGAGAAGAAGCCGAACCAAGGAGGAGCAGCCCCCAAAAAGGGCAACCGAGGGAGGGGUGGGAAGAACCAGUUCAACAGGGGUGGUGGACAGGGGCAGCGAGGAGGCCGUGGAGGGUUUCAGAACCGGGGCAAUUUCAGAGGAGGACCAGGACCCCGUGGUGGAUUUAACAGACCCCCCCGAGGCUUCCUUCCACCCCCGGCUUUCAGAGGGGGCUUUUCGAACCGAGGGAACUUCAACCGGGGUGGAGGGAUGCCCAACCGGGGAGGGGCUCCCAGGGGAGGACCAGGCAGGGGCAACAUGGCCCGGGGAGGCUCGAUGAACAGGGGCAGCCUCAACCGUGGUGGCGGAGCAAACCGGGGGAACUUCAACCAGAAAUUCCGGGGCAGAGGCGGAAACAAUAACCGUGGCUUCAAGAACGGCAGUUUCGGGAUGAACAAGGCUCAGGCCUUCAACCAGAGCUGGCAGCAAGGGUUCUGGAAUCAGAAGCCCUGGAGCCAGCAGUAUCACCCAGGAGGAUAUUACUGAGCUGGGAUAAUGGACUGGUGAUGCACAGACAUCUUGCUCUGCAAACCUUCACAAAUCUACCCUUUUUGUUUUUUUAGUCACACUUUUAAAAGAAAAGAAAAAUUUAAAAAACACAAAAAAAAAACAUUCCACAUCUGAGGAAAAGUGCCUGCGGGUUCUCUUAGAAGCUUUAUGGGUUAAUUUUACUUUUAUUUUUGUACAUUUUUUUUUUUAAAUUCCCAUGCUUUAAUGUUAAUGUCAGGAACCUCAAGCAUUGUGCAGGAUGGGAUGUUUCCGUAAUUCAGGGUUCUGCAUUUUAUCUGUAAAAUGUGAUUUUUACUAAGAAGUAAAUUGACUUUUGUGUUUUUUGCAUAGUACCAGUUGUCCUUAUUCUAGUGUUAAACUUUCACACAAUUGGGAGGAAAACACUCCUUUUAGAAGCAUGUAGACAUUAUGUGAGUUAUUGUACCAGUAGUCCCGCAGCAACAAAAGUUUCUAAACUAAUAAGUGAAGCUGUGACGGUUAAAAGUUGUGUGUUUUUUUUAAAAAGGCUUCAUUUGUUGGUAAAAAUGAUAAUUCAACAUGUAAAAGCUAAACUUAGGUUUACAAUAAAUGGGUUCUUUGCUUUUUUUACUUG